AUGGGUGGGGGUAAUUCAAGUACAUUAGGAGGUGGUAGUACAUUAGGCGGUAGCGGCGUUCCAGUUGGUGGUGGUGGUAGUAUCAUGGGUACUGGCAUAAGUAGUAGUACAGUUGGUCAUCCUGGUGGUGUUCUUCAUGGGAGUCAUUUAACUAGUAGCGGUGCUCUUGGCGGAUCAGCAAGUGUUGGUAGUGUAACUGGUACACCAGGAAAUGGACCACAUGGUACACCAGGUUCUGUUGUUGAUCCACGUGCCGUUUCUGUUGUAGUAACACUACCAGGACCGCAACACGGGCAAGCUUUAAGUGAUUAUGGUCCUAUAUAGUUAACAGUUCGGCCAGAUACGGCCCACUGGGUAUCAACAAGUAA